GGGCAAAGCAAAGCCGAGAAACCAACCACAUUCUGCUCCGCCUGCCACCCACGAACACGAACAGCAACCGCAGCCUUCCAGCAGAUCGCACGCCCGCCCCGAGCUUGUGCUUCCCUCCCUCCGCCCCUCCCUCUCCUCACCUCCCAUACACAGCGUCCCCGAAAUCUAGCCAGCCACCGCGCGCCCACCGCCUCCCUCCCUCUCUCUCUGCCAAGAAAGAAAAGGCGCCACGUUGACAUUGCGGAUGCCGUAGCGGGCGCGCGCGUGCCAGCCAUGCGCUCGUGAUGGCCCGGCCGUUCCAGAAGAUCGGCCACGGCCUCGAAAGGUUCUCGUUCAGGCGCCGGAGGUCGGCGUCGUCGUCGUCGCCGCUCUCGCUGGCCUCAGACGGCACGGACGCCUCCUCGAUGGAGGCGCAGUCGCAGGCGCCGGCGCCGGGGCAGCCUUGCACCAGGCGGGCGCUGUCGAGGAGCUGCGGGUCCAAGGGGAGCCGGCUGUCCGUUGACCUUCCGCCGCCGCUGGCCGGUGGCCCUUCGGAUAAGGGGGCAGCCGGUAGCUCGUCCUCGCUCGCGGUGCCGCCCAAGCCGGUCCGGCACGAGGGCCCGCCCUCAGAUGCGGAGAUCGUGAGGGAGAAGUUCUCCAAGCUGCUGCUGGGGGAGGACAUGUCCGGCACCGGCAAAGGGGUGACCUCUGCUCUUGCCCUGUCCAACGCCAUCACUAAUCUUGCAGCUUCUGUGUUUGGUGAGCAGCGUCGUCUGCAGCCCAUGGCCGCCGACCAGAAAUCGCGGUGGACGAAGGAGAUCGACUGGCUUUUGUCCGUCUCCGAUCACAUUGUUGAAUUUGUUCCUUCGCGGCAGGUCGCCGAGAAUGGGACCUGCAUGGAGAUAAUGAUAACUCAGCAGCGUCAGGAUCUACAAAUGAACAUCCCUGCGUUGCGCAAGCUCGAUGCAAUGCUCCUUGAAUACCUUGACAGUUUCGAGGGUAAGCAGGAGUUUUGGUAUGUGAAGAAAGAUUCAGAUGAAUCGGGGAAGGGAAACAUGCCGAGGCAGGACGACAAAUGGUGGCUCCCAACUGUCAGGGUUCCUCCUAAUGGGCUCUCAGAUGCAUACAGGAAAUGGCUUCAGAACCAGAAGGAACUUGUUGCACAGGUGCUGAAGGCAGCAAUGGCUAUCAAUGCUAACAUUCUCAUGGAAAUGGAGGUUCCUGAAUCAUACACGGAGUCCCUACCAAAGAAUGGGAAGUCCACCCUUGGAGAUUCAAUGUACAAACUUAUAACCGACGAUUAUUUUGACCCUGAAGAACUUCUACGCUCUGUAGACUUGUCGGAUGAACACAACAUUGUUGAUCUGAAGAACCGAGUCGAAGCCUCAGUAGUCAUCUGGCAGAAGAAAAUGACCCACAAGGACAGCAAAUUGUCGUGGGGGCAUAACGUCAGUCACGAGAAGAGGGGAAUGUUUGAAGGGAGGGCAGAGAAUGUUCUUCUCCUUAUCAAGCACAGAUUUCCUGGCAUCGCCCAGUCGUCCCUAGACAUAAGCAAAAUCCAAUGCAACAAGGAUGUUGGCCUUGCCAUUUUGGAGAGUUACUCCAGGACUCUGGAGAGCUUAGCUUUCACAGUCAUGUCUCGAAUCGAAGAUGUUCUCAAUGCGGACUUGGCCACACAAGAUCCCAAGAACGCAGAAUCAAUGAUAAUCGCCAGUUUAACUUCAGACGACACCGACAAGGUUGUCUCGGAUGCUAAGGCUGAGGUAGAGAAGAUGAGGAGAAUGGAACCAGUAUCGCCGAUGCUAUGUGACUACGUGGGCCCACGGGACCAAGACCUCAGAACAUAUGGCAAGGAGGGUAACGGUCCAAAGCUGACAAAGAUGUCAUCAGUUGCAACCAAGAGGUUUUCAUACCUUGAGAAUUUGGGUGGAACAAGAAGCCCAAUAGCUAGACACUAGCUGCUAUAGGGGUAUGAGGAUAGAUGGAUCAUGCUGCCACAGAGCCUUCGGAAGAAACUUUGUACAUAGCACAGAUGUCCAAAGGACUAUGCAUCACAUUCCGGAUUAAGGGUGCCAAUGUGAGGUCUUGGCAUGUUUACAUGAAGUAAUUAUAAGAUCAUAAUCAUGAGAUGGCGCUCAGUGACGGGCCUGUGGGAUUUGUACUUGUAUUAUGGUUUCAAAAGAUAAGGAGGGGAAACGACUGUAUUUUUCUAGUAACGCCAUGUUCAAUUGAGCUUCUCUCUCUUGACAAUGCUAGGGGUACUCCUUAUGACUUCCUAUAUUGUUACAAAUUCUAG